AUGCAUCUGAUAUCUUUGAGAGGAUAUUUUUUCAUGUUCUUCGCAGAACUCAUGUCCAAUUUGGCUUUCAAUGCGGUUCGUCGCUCUGCACUAAACUCGCAAAAGUUCAAAUACUUCCUUGUUCUGGAUUUUGAGGCAACUUGCGAGCGAAACACAAAACUUCGGCCAGCAGAAAUAAUCGAAUUCCCGGUUGUGAAACUAAACAGUCAAACGCUAUUGCAAGAGGGCGUCUUCCACCAUUAUGUCCGGCCGGUGUUUCAUCCAGAGUUGACAGACUUCUGCACUGAGUUAACUGGCAUCAUACAAGAUAUGGUCGAUAAUCAACCACGUCUGGAAGAAGUUCUGCAGCUAUUUGACGAGUGGCUGGUCAAAGAAAAGUUGACAGGAACCGAGAACACAUUCAGUUUUGUCACCUGUGGGGAUUGGGAUCUUCGUACAAUGUUGCCUUCUCAAUGCCGUGAGUUGGGAAUCCCGGUUCCCCAUUACUUCAAGCAGUGGAUUAACAUAAAACAGACUUUUCAGGACGUUCGAGGCCUCUUCCCUCACUCAUUACCGCACAUGCUUGCUGAUCUCAAUCUGCCCCUCCAAGGCAGACAUCAUUCCGGUAUAGAUGACGCUCGUAAUAUUGCAACUGUCCUUUGUCAAUUAAUCAAACUUGGAGCCGUGCCUGAUAUCACUGGGUCGCUUUCGUAGACAACCGGAGCAGGAAAGAAUUAAUUUGCAUUUGGGUUGUCUUUGUAUCUGUACUGGAAUGCCAGUCCGCUCAUAUCAACUAGUUAAAGCAUUUGACUUUUAAGAAUUCAUAAAACUUCAGCGGUUUGAAUUUCGGACUGAUUUCCCCGAAUUUCGCACGCUUAGAUGACUGCAAAUUGGGGCAAUGCAAACCCGGUCCAAAUUUUCAUAUGCCGUCCCAUCCCUCUGUACAUGUAUUUAAAGCUGUUUUCUCUUUUUCGAACUGAUUUUUAAAUGUUGCUCACUGAUUUGUACAAGAUUCGUUCGAAAGAAUCCCUG